CAAGAUACUCUAUAUAAACCGAAAAAUUUAAACUUAAUAUUAAGAGCUUCAGUUUUAAUCAAACAAAAGCGCUGAAAAAGAUGAAGAUAUUUCUUGCAACUCUUAUGCUAGCCCUAAUUGGGUUUGGCUCAACAACAUUUUAUUUCCCCAAGCUUCGUUUUUGCAGCCGCCCAGCCAUUGCAAAUGCUUACCCGCUCAAAUACAAAUUGUACGGAAACUUCAAGUAUGCAUACGUAAAAUGCCGCAGCGGAUACAAGCUUGAUAAAAGUUCAAAGAUUCAGUGCAAAUACGGAAGAUGGUAUGCCAAAGGUGGUUUGCCAAAAUGCAUUCGAACUGUAUACUGCAAAUAUCCAGGAGCACCAAGCAAUGGUUACAUCAGUUCAAAAAAAGACACUUAUCCAGUUAAUUACAAAGUUACUUGGGGUUGUAACUCAGGUUACGUCAGACACGGCGGUGCAUAUUAUGCGAUCUGCCAAUCAAAUGGACAAUUCUCUGCAUCUAAACCAUCUUGCAGAGCAAUCACCUGCUCCAGACCUGAUGUUCCGCAAUACGCCAAAAUUAGUCCAGAUAAAUCAAGCUACGAUGUUUAUACCAAAGUCAAAUAUACCUGCGACGGUGGUUCUGUCAUGAGUGGCUCAUCAUCCAGGGUUUGUCAAAAGAAUGGAAAGUGGAGUGGAAGUGCACCAAAAUGUAAAAGAGUCAAAUGUGAAAAACAUAUGGGAGGAAAAACAGUCGCUUCGGUCGUCCCAGAUAAGGAUUUCUAUGACGUUGGUGAGAAAGUUGUUUUCUUGUGCAAGAAGGGAUACUACAUCAGCGGAAAACCGGGUGAUUUCUGUGAAAGUGGACCCAAGUGGAGGUACGGUUCAUCAGCAAAGACUGUGUGCAAAAAAGAAUCUCAUCCAGGGCCGGAUUUAUAUUGUCGACUUCCUAAAGUUGAUUCUGCUGUCGUUGCCACUCCAGACAAAAAGCUAUACUUGCCAGGAUCUAUCGUGAAGCUUUCAUGCAAAAAACACCAUGAAUAUGAUGGUGACAGAACUGCCAUAUGUGGAUGGGACGGACAAUUCCAUCUUACUGCAAAACCAAAAUGCACUCCAACGAAAUAUUAUUAUUAAGAGAUGAAACAAAAAGGAAGUUUGAAGUACAACAUCCAACCGAUGCCCACACCAUCUGUUUUAGAUUACAUAGAAUAUAAUACAUCAGUAAUUUGUUAUGAAAUAAAUGAAUUUGUGCACAG